GUGCGGAGAGAGAGAAACCUGCGCCUAGCAAGUAGCUAGGCUAAUGUAGCCAGCUAGCUUCGCCACUGUUAUAUAAGUAUAGCUCAUAGUCCCAUGGCAGAGCACAGCGCAGUAAACGCUUAAUACUGAACUGUAGGCGCUCUACCAGCAAACCCUAGUGCUGUAGAAACCCCCAUCGUAGCCGUACCGCACUGGAUCCCUCCCUCCUGGUAACGGUAAGACUGUCUCCUCUGCUACGCCCGCCCUAGCUUUGCUUUAGGUGCAGCCGUCCUCUUCUUCAUCGGGGGUUCGAGAGUUUUUGAACAGUAGUGCAUGAUCCACGGUAAUGGCUUCGGCUUGCGUCAACAACAUCGGAGUGUCACCGGAGAACUUCCUUGACUGUCCGCCGGCGAAUUUCUCGUCAUACGGAUGGUUGAGCCCUCGAGUUUCAUUUAGCCGUGAGUCCCGCGAAGGUGGUGACUCGUCGAAGCUUCCUGGCGUGAUGUCAGAGCAUUCCGUGGAGAAGCCUUCGGAUCCGCCAGAUAAACCAGAUCCGGAACCUUUCGCUGGAGAUUUUGAGUUUCGGCUUGAAGAUCCAGUCGCCAUGCUCCCGGCUGAUGAACUUUUCUCCGAUGGGAAGCUCGUUCCGCUUCAACUCUCUGUGGUUAAACCUUCUUCUACGAACGAGUCGACUUUGCCGGAGGUGAGGUCGCCAGAGGCGGCCAAGGUGGGGCGCUUAACUGAUACUUCCAGUACGGAUCCUUACUUGUUCUCGCCGAAGGCUCCGAGGUGUUCGAGUCGCUGGAAGGAGCUUCUGGGGCUGAAAAAGUUGUACCAAAAUUCAAAUGCUGUCAAGAGUGAGAUGCAGAAAGCGACUUCGUCGUCUUCUUACACUAACAAGUCCUUGAAGCAUUUUCUUCACAGAAGCUCGAGGUCGUCUACUUCCAACUUAGACAACGCUUCGCUUAGCCUUCCAUUGUUGAAAGACUCAGACUGCGAAUUUGUAUCGAUAUCUUCUCGACUUUCUCUUUCGUCUUCUUCCUCCGGCCACGACCACGACGACUUCUCGAGUCUGUCCUUUGAUUCGGACAAGCCCAACCCGAGCCCGAUAUCCAUCCAUCGGAACCCGAAUCCAGCUCAGCCAAAAAAGAGAUUCGUGAAGCCAAGGGCGGGCUCAAUUGAUAAUAACCAAAGACCAUUGGCAGAUCAUCCACUAUGUAAUCGGGCAGGAAGGAGCCCGAUACGCCGAGCCGUCGGGGAAUCUGGUGGGGUUGGCACCAGGGGAGUGUCCGUGGAUAGCCCCAGAAUGAACUCCUCUGGGAAGAUUGUAUUUCAGAGCUUGGAACGAAGCUCGAGUAGUCCCAGUAGCUUCAAUGGUGGACCCAGGUUUAAGCAUAGGGGAAUGGAACGAUCGUACUCGGCCAAUGUGAGGGUAACUCCGGUUCUGAAUGUUCCGGUCUGUUCGCUGAGAGGAUCCUCAAAAUCCGGUUCAGUAUUUGGGUUUGGCCAACUUUUUUCAUCCCCUCAAAAGAAAGAAGGCGCUGGCAGUGGUGGAAACAAGGGCCAUCCAUACAGCAACAGUAGGCACCGCGUUGAUCGAAAUUAAAUUGAUAAUUAUAAAACACCGUUACGGCGUUAAGAAGAGAGGGUAACAUUUGGGCUGUCUUUCUUAGUUUACCCCACAAAUUUCGGUUCAUGCUCUUGAUUUUGAAUGAAUGAAAAUAUUGCAGUUAUUGUUAAUUGGGAUUAACUUGCUCGUUUUUUAGUCAUUAGAUAUCAUGUAAAUAUUCGGGGUAGUAGGAUUUGGAUGUUCUUGAAUGAUAGCGGCGACGAUGACGAUCCAGUUCUUGUUUCUAACUGGUUGAGCUUUGAACGCCCAUCUGGCUGCUUUUUGUUAUCUUCUGACCUGAAAGUUAUGGAAUCUCUCUGAUUUAUGCUUC